UGCACAAAGCAACCUAUACCCUUCCCUCAUCCUCUCUUCAUCUCUCAGUCCCUCUUUUAACUUUUUCUUUAGCUUUUAUGUACCAAACAAGGUUUCCUUCACAUAUCCAGUCUCUUUCUCUUCACUUGAAAUACAAUUAAUUUGAAAUCCUGAACUCAUAGUUUACACAUUUUGAAGGAAUCCCAAUUCUUCAAACUGGGUUUUUAUAUAAUCCUUAAAUUCAUUAGUUUUGGGUUCUUGGAAUUGUGCGGUCAUGGAGAAUGAGUUCUUUCUAAAUGCAGGAAUCCCACUAUCAGCACCAAUGCGAUUUGGGGCAGCUUCAGCUACUCAAAUGCCCAAUUGGCAGUCACUCUCAUCAGCCAUGGAAAUUCAAGCUACAGAGCUGAAUUGCUCGACGGAGGCAGUUCCUGAUUACCUUUUCAACCCCAAUUGGGAGAAGUCAACUGAUCAGGGUGGUCUCCAUUUUGAGUCUGCUUUGAGUUCAAUGGUGUCAUCACCAGCUGCAUCCAAUUCCAAUAAUAUCUCCAACGAGAGCUUUGUGUUCAGAGAAUUGAUCGGAAAACUGGGUAACAUUGGAGGCAAUUCUGGUGAGAUCUCGCCACAUUCACAGACCCUUUUGGCAUAUAUGGGGGGUGGUGGUGGUGGCAAUAAAAGUACCAAUACUUCUUGUUACAGUACCCCAUUGAAUUCACCUCCCAAGCUCAAUUUGCCAAUUGAGAAUAUACCCAGUUUGGGAAAACCCAUGGUUUUGAAUUCUACUGUCGCAGAUUUCACCGCCGACCCUGGGUUCGUUGAGAGAGCUGCCAAGUUCUCUUGCUUUGGUAACAGGAGCUUCAAUGGCAGAACAACCCAAUUAGGGCUAAGUAACACCGAAUUAGCCUCUAGAUCUAUUCCCAAUCCAAUUGUGAUGAACAGUAAACUAUCGCGGGUUUCGAGUAAUUCUUCACUCAACGCAGUAGGAUCUCAAUUGGGAAACAAUAAUCCAACACCACACGAGCGAAUUGAGUCGAGAAAUUCUUCCUCCCCUGAAGCUUCGACAGUCUCCGAGCAGGCUCCGAUUGGGGAAAGUGGGUAUAGGGCCACCAAUGAUUCCAAUUCUAGGAAAAGAAAAGCAGUUCCAAAAGGAAAAGCUAAGGAACCUUCACAAUCCCCAUCAAACAAUGCUUCAAAGGUGUCCGAAGCCAAUAAUGAGUCCGAUUCAAAGCGAAUCAAAACAAAUGAAGGCAAUGGAAGUGCUAAAGCAGAGGAGGAGUUAAAAGGAAGCGAUUCAAGUGGUGGGGAUGAUAAGCAAACAAAGGCUAAUAACACAAAGCCUCCAGAGCCUCCUAAGGACUAUAUUCAUGUUAGAGCAAGAAGAGGUCAAGCCACUGAUAGUCAUAGUCUCGCAGAAAGAGUUCGAAGAGAGAAAAUUAGUGAAAGAAUGAAGCUUCUUCAGGAUCUUGUUCCAGGUUGCAAUAAGGUCACUGGGAAAGCUCUCAUGCUUGAUGAGAUUAUAAACUAUGUCCAGUCAUUGCAAAGACAAGUUGAGUUCCUUUCAAUGAAGUUAGCUUCUGUCAAUACCAGGCUGGAUGUUAAUAUGGAUAGCAUAUUGUCAAAGGAUAUAUUCAAAUCAAACACUUGUUUGCCAAACCCAAUAUUCCCAUUAGAUUCCUCGGCAUCGGCCUUUUUCGGCCACCAGAGUCAGCAAAAUCCAGCAGCAGCACUGCAUAACAACAACAUUUCUAAUGGGACAGAGUCCCCACUAGAUUCUGCAUUGUGCAGAAAUCUUAACAUGCAAUUAACUUCACUUGAUGGAUUUAUGGACAGUGUAGCUCAGUUCCCAACAUUCAGUGAGGAUGAGCUUCAAACAAUUGUGCAGAUGGGUUUUGGCCAGAAUCCUAACCAGGAACCUGCAAUGCUGUCACAAAGCUUCCAUGGUUCAAACCAAGUAUCCAACAUGAAAACUGAGUUUUAAAUCACAGUUUUUACAGUCUGAAUUCAAGAUCCAGAAGGAAAGGAAAAGCUGCUGUACAUACAAGAAAUUGAGCUGGGACAAGUACCACUGCUACUAAUUCUUAUAUUUUAUCUUAUUAUUGUUUUUCUCCAUGAUUUUGUCUACUAAUUCUUUUUUUUUUGGGUGUUCUCUUACAAGUGUAUUCACUGUAACUAGUACCAACAUCCACAUAUGUAUGAUAUAGUGCUAAUUAAUUAAUCAAUGAAGAGUUUCUUUCAAGUCUCA